UCUUGCUUCGAGAGAUAAGGCCAAUAUUAUAAAAUGCCGCUCUUCUGAAAAACGUGAUUUGUUUUUGUAUAAAGAUCAUUAGCUUUCUGGGUUACUUGCACAUACACGGAGCAAACAUGAACUUGGUGUGCAUUAUUCUUUUGUGUGUGGUUUCAGGUGCCGUGAUGGUGAAUGGAGAGACGACCUAUUGCCACAGUGACAAUAAUUGUAGCGACUCAGAUUGUGAAGAUGGGUUGACCUAUCGAUGUGUUUUUAAUAAUCACAGGUCGCUCGGCACAUGUCAGUGCGUAGAGUGUUUUGUUAACAGUGACUGUUCCUCUUGCCAUCACCACCUUCAUGAAUAUUGUUCUGGACAUCAACACACCUGUCACUGUUACGAAUGUACCCGUGACAGUCACUGUCAGAGCUGUCCUGAAGGGCAGACGGGUAAAUGCCAUCGAAAUCACUACGACCACAGAUUGCACUGCCAUUGUGAAGCCUCUCCAACAACAACAACUACUACUUCUACUACUACUACUACUACUACCACUACUACUACAACUACCCAACAGCCACUGGUAAAACUAGAAUGCAGCCACCAGAAGAUCAGCGUCAUCGAGUCCAUCGCAGAGAAUCUUCACGUAGAGGACAGCAGGGCGGAGCUGUGUCCCGGUACAACCAAACACCAGACGUCCGAGGCCUUCGUCAUCAACAAGUGUAACUCGACGGCAAGAAGUUCUUGGUCAAAAGGCGAACAGGUCAAGAUGGAGUGCUCAAAAAAUACAAUUUCGCCAUACACACCCAUUUCUACCUUCUUCGUUAAUGGUGACAACAUGGCGGCUUUCUUCAUUGGUUGCACGGCAACUGCUGAUGGCGAAAACACUGGUCUUACAAUAGCGGUACAAACUUGCCUUUAUGCUCCAAUGGUCAUGCAAUUGAAUGAAACAACUACUCCAAAGAUGUCAGAUUUUUAUACUAUACUACUGUAAUAUUAAUGCCAAGUCAGCUACAAUGACAUUAAAUGGCUUCUUUGUAUAGUUUCAUUCAAGCCUUAAGGUGGCUCUAUACACCACUUUUUGAUGACGCAGUACGCAAAAAAGUAAAUCUGGAAACAUGCAUUUCCGGUACUGGCUGAUUUAAACUGAGGUGAAUUGUAUGGGAACCGCUAUUUUGAAAAAUUUGUUAAAUGGAUAGAUUUUAAUUUGAUAAUUGGAAAAUUCAUUACUUACAAGUAAUGUGGUAUGUGACACCUUCACGUUGUGUGGUAUUAUUUAUCGAAAUAAACAAUAAAAUCAAGUAUAAUUUUUUUAAGAGUUUCUUUAGCAUCAUCGAUAUAUUACACCGUAGCGCAGUGGGUUAGUGGGUUCACUACAAACCAUUAGGUCAUGAGUUCGAUUCCCGUUGAGGACAGUAAAUUUUUUAACUUUCCAAAAAUUUCUAAAACGUAUUUUUUGGUUGAAUACCGUGAAAGAAAAUUCUAAACAGGUGAAAAUAUUUCAAUUAUAAUAUACUUUAAUGCACAUAAAUAUCGACACCUAACGGGGAUGAGAGGGUUGCUUUGCAUUUCUCUCAGGUUGGGAUACAUAAAUCCUAUUAGCCUAGACAAUGUUCCCCUUUAUUUAUUUGACUUAGUUUUGCACUAAAGCGAAUAUAUUCACUUAUACAGGGCAAAGUCUAUAAUGAAAUAUGCAUGUAUUUAUCAUUCCAACAUUAUAUUUAGGAAAUUUUCUUCAACUCAGAAAUGAAAAGUCCCCAAGGUGUUUGGGCCUUGGGACUUAGGAACGAUAACCCUUACAUGAGGAACUUUCAUACCAAAUUAAAUUUAAAAUAUUUUUUGUGUUUAUUUGCAAUUGUUUUCAUUCAAUUUUUUAUUUCACAUUUAUUAAAAUACAUUUUCUUAUAAUAUCAAGCAACUUUUUCAGAUGAUUUGUCAACAGAGUAAGAAAAUAUGAAAAAAUAUGUUUUGGGGAAAUACUAAAAAAAAUUGCAAUAAUAACAUUUUUGAAUGUUAAGAAGUGUUAUAUUUUUUUUUAUGUGUCCGACGGAAAUAUCCAUCAUAUGACAAAAUAAUUUCUCUCAAUUUGUUGAUAGCUGUCUUUUAAAAAAAUAUUUUACAAAAACACGACAAAACAUUAAAAAAUUCUUUUAAAAUACCUAUUGUAUCCCUAUCGUCAUUUUCAUAUUUGAUAAGUAUAUGUUUUGUGGUCUUCUAUUGAAAAUUGGAAUAAACUGUGGGUGUAUAGAGCCACCUUAACUCGCUCCAAGAGUUUUUAAGGUUUACCUUGUGUGUUCAGCUUAUUUAUUACAAAACCGUACACGUAGAUAGAAUAAAAUUCCUCAUAUAUUCG